AAAGCUAGGAACUGUUCAUCAGCUUUUUCUUACCCAAAUAGGUUCAACAACAAUGGCAGAGCUCCCACCGAAGCCCCACGCAGUGCUCAUCCCCGUCCCACUCCAGGGCCACAUCAACCCCGCCGCCUGCCUCGCCAUCAAGCUCGCCGCUAGGGGCUUCGCCAUCACCUAUGUCAACACCGAAGCGGUCCACCACCAGUCCUCCCGCGCCCGCCGCUCCGCCUCCUCCAUCGACCACGAUAUCUUCGCCGACGCCCGUGCUUCAGGCCUCGACAUCCGCUAUGAGCUCAUCAGCGACGGCCUCCCCAUCUCCUUCGACCGCGCCGCGAACCCCAUCCAAUUCCUGCACUCCCUCCUUUAUGUGUUCUCCGCCCAUGUCGAGGAGCUCAUGCGAAAGCUCACCCGAGCGGCAGGCCCCCCUAUCACCUGCCUCAUCGCCGACACCUUCUUCGUUUGGCCCGACACCAUCGCCAACAAGUUCGGCAUCCCCUACGUGUCCUUCUGGACAGAGCCUGCAGUCGUCUUCGCCCUUUACUACCACAUCGACCUUCUCAUCAAAAAUGGCCAUUUCGCUUCUCGUGAGAAUCGAAAGGACGCCAUAACGUACAUACCAGGGGUGCCGGCGGUCGAGCCGACCGACCUCAUGUCGUACCUCCAAGAGACGGAUACAACUUCGCUGCUGCAUCAGAUAAUCUUCAAGGCAUUUGAAGAAGCCAAGGGGGCGGACUUCGUGCUGUGCAACUCGGUGCAGGAGCUCGAGCCGGAGAUCAUAUCGGCCAUGCAGCAGGAGAAGCCAUUCUAUGCUGUUGGUCCACUCAUUCAAGCUGGAUUAUUCCCCGGAAUCUCUGUCAGAACGACCUUGCAGGUUGAGUCCGAUUGCUCCCAGUGGCUCGACUCCAAGCCGGCAGGCUCCGUCUUGUACGUUUCCUUCGGGAGUUUUGCCAACGUCAGCAAGCGAGACCUGGGGGAGAUCGCAUAUGGGAUUUUACACAGCAAGGCGAACUUUAUGUGGGUCCUUAGGCCAGAUAUCGUGAGCUCUGACGAGCACAAGCCAUUGCCCCAAGGAUUCUUAGAGGAGAGCCAUGGGAGAGGGAUCCUUGUUCCGUGGUGCUGCCAGAUGGAAGUGCUGUCGCACCCUUCAGUCGGAGGCUUCUUGACGCAUUGCGGGUGGAAUUCGGUAUUGGAGAGCAUCCGGUGCGGGGUCCCGAUGCUGUGCUUCCCGCUGCAAACCGAUCAGUUCACCAAUCGGAAAUUGGUGGUCAGGGAUUGGAAGGUCGGGAUCGACCUCGGAAGGAUUGAGGAAGUUAGUAGGGAGGAAGUGUCCAAGAGAGUGGACAGCUUGAUGGGAGGGGAAGAAGGGAAUGAGGCCAAGAAGAUGAUCGAGGAGGCGAGGAGAGCACUAGAGAGUGCGGUCGCUGCUGACGGUUCUUCGCAGAAAAACUUUGAUCAGUUUGUGGAGGAUCUAAUGGGAUAUCGUUCAGAGAACAGGACAAUGAAGUAAAGAUCGAUGGUCUUGCAGUGGGGUAUACUGUCUUGGGGGAUGGUACGGGAUUCGAUAUCGGAGAGCGUAUGGUACGGGAUUGGAAGGCCGGGGUCGACAUUGGAAGGAUGGAUGGGUUUAGUAGGAAGGAGAAGUGGGCAAUGAGGUGAGGAAGGAGGUUGAGAUGGUCGAGAGAACUUUGGAGACUCCGCUCACUCCUGAUGGUUCGUUCGUCCCAGAAGAACUUUUGAUCGAUUCAUUGAGGAUCUCACGAAACACAGUUCACAAAACAUGAUAAUAAAUUAAUUGAAGGUAGAAGGUAGUCUCGCAAUGGAGAAUGCUGUUUUUGAUUUGUGGUUCAAUAGCUUCAUAUCCUGUAACUUUGGAUUUCAAGUGCGAGAAGGGAUGGAAAUUAAGCAAUGGACGUGCUAUUAAGUGAA